AUGGAGGAUCUUUCGGAGAUGGAGAUUGGGAGCUCCGUGGAGUCGUUCCAGAAGUUCUUGGACUCGCAGAGGCAGCUAUUCCACAGCCAGAUCGAUCAGCUUCAGAAAGUUGUUGUCACCCAAUGCAAUCUCACCGGCGUAAAUCCGCUCUCCCAAGAGAUGGCAGCUGGUGCUCUUUCUGUUAAGAUUGGAAAAAGACCUAGAGAUUUGUUAAAUCCAAAAGCUAUAAAGUAUAUGCAAUCUGUUUUUUCUAUUAAGGAUGCAAUUAGCAAGAAGGAGUCUCGUGAGCUCAGUGCUCUAUUCGGCGUUACAGGCACACAGGUUCGUGAUUUUUUUAAUAGUCAACGGUCGAGAGUUAGAAAACUAGUCCAGUUGUCAAGGGAAAAGGCUACGAGAUCCAGUGAACAUAAAGAAUUGCAGGAUGGGGUCUCAACAAGCUCUGACCCUCUGACACCAAUUGAUCCGGUUCCCUUAAAUUCUGUUGGUCCCUCCAGUGUCGAAGAUGCACCAUCUUGCUCAACUCAAGAUGAUGCUCUUUCUGGAUUAGAUGACUUAGAUAAACAUUUUGUAGACAACAUUUUCAACUUGAUGCGGAAAGAAGAAACGUUUUCUGGGCAAGUGAAACUGAUGGAGUGGAUAUUGCAGAUACAAAAUUCUUCAGUAUUAUGUUGGUUUUUAAAUACAGGUGGUGUCAUGAUCUUAGCAACAUGGUUGAGUCAAGCAGCCAUUGAAGAACAAACAAGUGUUCUCCUUGUCAUCUUAAAGGUUCUUUGUCAUUUGCCUUUACAUAAAGCUCUUCCUGUGCAUAUGUCAGCCAUACUGCAAAGUGUUAAUAGACUGCGGUUUUACAGGACAGCAGACAUAUCAAACAGGGCAAGAGUUUUGCUAUCAAGAUGGAGCAAGUUAUUAGCAAGAAUCCAAAAUAUGAAGAAACCAAAUGGCAUGAAAACAUCUAGUGACUCGCAACACGAGUUAGUAAUGCUGAAGCAGAGUAUCGAUGAAGUUAUGGGUGAUGAAUCAUGGAAGUCAAACAUUGAUAUUCCUGAAGACAUCUUUGCAACGCCUUUUGAAAAUGCAGAGAAUUCCAGGAGAUCAGAGGCUUCAGAACCAUUGAAGCUAUUGACAGCAUCAUCAGAUGAGUCAAAUAAGAAGCAGAUCCUAGGUGUAUCUUCAUCUCAAUUUCGAGCACGCAGAAAAGUUCAGUUGGUGGAACAGCCUGGCCAAAAAUCAGCUGGGAGAAGUGUACAGGUCACAAGGGCAACACCUGUGAGUAAGGGUCGUCCAAUGUCUGCUGAUGAUAUCCAAAAAGCAAAAAUGCGGGCACAAUUUAUGCAGAGCAAAUAUGGGAAAUCUGGUUCAUCUAAUGAAAAUAAAGAACUGAAGACCGAAGGUGGGAACAAACUUUCAGCCUCUCAGGCCAGCAUUUUGCCUGUGGUACCUAAAGUUCCAGUUCGGCCUGAUAUUGAGGAACCCAAGAAACCUGUGACACUUCUUUUGAAAGAGAGGGAAACUCCUAAUAGGCUGGAAACUUCUCUUGCUCCAAAGCUGAGAAUGGAUUUGAAGGAGUCCAUAUUGGAGAAGUGCCAGAGAAUCCGGGUCCCAUGGAAGACACCGCCAGAAAUAAAACUGGACCCUGAAUGGAGGGUCGGUGGUGGUGAGAACGGCAAAGAAAUUGAAGUCCAGAGAAACAGAAACCGCCGCGAGAAGGAAACUAUCUACCAGAGAGUCCAGGAGAUACCAUCUAACCCCAAGGAACCAUGGGACAUUGAAAUGGACUAUGAUGAUUCAUUGACCCCAGAGAUACCAAUAGAACAGCCCCCUGAUGCUGACGGCACCGAAACACAAGCUUCCCUAAGUAGAGAAGGAAAUAAUGCACAAGCAUGGGUUGCUUCUUCUCAAGGAGUAAACAGUGAUGCUUCUUUGGCACCCGCCUUGUCUCAAAUGAAUGGUGCAAGCGCAGCAGCCGAACCCGAUCUUGAGUUGCUUGCUGUACUGCUAAAGAACCCAGAAUUGGUGUUUGCCUUGACUUCUGGGCAGGCUGCUAACUUGUCAAACGAAGAUACAGUAAAACUGCUGGAUAUGAUUAAGUCCGGGGGGGCUGGUAAUUUAAAUGGGUUAGGUAGAAAAAUGGAGCAGAGGGUGGAAGUUUCUCUUCCAUCCCCAACACCUUCGAGCAAUCCUGGAACGAAUUCACAGAGUGGAUGGAGAGCAGAUGCUGGAAGGAAUGCAUUUCCACAACAAAUGGCGACCACCAACAACAGCUUAGUUUCGUCAGCUGUACAUAUGAUUCCAUCACAACGGCUAUCAACUUCCCAGCCAGUAGUGCCGUCGUACACGCCAGACUACUUUCCUCCCUCUAUGCAAACACCAGCAGCGUCAGAGAUGGUUUUAACCAUGAAGAACACACACUUGAACAACUUAUCUAACUCAUAUAAUGUAGCAGAAAGGCAGCCAAAUUCGUUCCCACCGCCCUUGGUUUCCACUCCAGCACGGCAGCAAAGGCAGCCGCAACCGCUGCAGCAACCCCGUUUUUCGGAGCCUCGCCUCCCCACACAUAUGUACCCAUCUAAACCACAAAUGGGAAAACCAGGCCCUCCUCCUCCAUCUGAUUCAUGGAGAGCCAGGCAGGAUGUGCCCUCAAACUACCGUUACUUAGAGAACCAAAAUCAGUAUAAUGCAUCAUAUGGAGGACCUUCGCAGCAACCUCAGUUGUUGCCAGGUCCUUCUUGGGAAGGAAAUGAACACGUGGGUGGCAACCAAGACUUCGAAUCAUGGAGUCCGGACAAUAGUCCAACUAGAAAUCCUGGGUAUAUGUACGGAAGAGAACCCAGGAUGAAUCCCGCACGGGAUUACAUGCCUGACAGGUCGAGGCAAAUGAAUCCUUCUGGAUACGGAGGCCAAAACAGGCUUGGAAACAGGUGGCCGGACCGCGGCAGACAGUGA